CGGGCCGGGCGGCCGCGGGAGUGUUUUCAGUUCCGCCUCCAGUCGCCCCUUCCCCUCUCCCCUCCCAGCCCCUCAUCCCAUUCGGAAGAGGAAGGAACAAAAGGUCCCGGACCCCCGGCUCUGACGGGGCGGGACCCGGAGCCCCGGUGCAGGUCAGGUAGCAGCGCGGCCUCUCAUUGCGGGUCGUGGCCCCUGGCAAGAGCAUGUCAUCUAUCCUGCCGUUCACUCCGCCUGUUGUGAAGAGGCUGCUGGGAUGGAAGAAAUCAGCUGGUGGGUCUGGAGGAGCAGGCGGCGGAGAGCAGAACGGACAAGAAGAAAAGUGGUGUGAGAAAGCGGUUAAAAGUUUGGUGAAGAAGCUAAAGAAAACAGGACGAUUAGAUGAGCUUGAGAAAGCCAUCACCACUCAAAAUUGUAAUACUAAAUGUGUCACCAUACCAAGCACUUGCUCUGAAAUUUGGGGACUGAGUACACCAAAUACGAUAGAUCAGUGGGAUACAACAGGCCUUUACAGCUUCUCUGAACAAACCAGGUCUCUGGAUGGCCGUCUGCAAGUGUCUCAUCGGAAAGGACUACCACACGUGAUAUAUUGCCGAUUGUGGCGCUGGCCUGACCUUCACAGUCACCAUGAACUCAAAGCAAUUGAAAACUGCGAAUAUGCUUUUAAUCUUAAAAAGGAUGAAGUAUGUGUAAACCCUUACCACUACCAGAGAGUUGAGACACCAGUUUUGCCUCCGGUAUUAGUGCCACGGCACACUGAGAUCCUAACAGAACUGCCUCCUCUGGAUGAUUAUACCCACUCCAUUCCAGAAAACACUAAUUUCCCAGCGGGAAUCGAGCCACAGAGUAAUUACAUUCCAGAAACGCCCCCUCCUGGAUAUAUCAGUGAGGAUGGAGAAACAAGUGAUCAACAGUUGAACCAAAGUAUGGAUACAGGAUCUCCAGCAGAACUAUCUCCUACUACUCUUUCCCCGGUUAAUCAUAGUUUGGAUUUGCAGCCAGUUACUUACUCAGAACCUGCAUUUUGGUGUUCAAUAGCAUAUUAUGAAUUAAACCAGAGGGUUGGCGAGACCUUCCACGCAUCACAGCCCUCACUCACUGUAGACGGUUUCACAGAUCCAUCCAACUCAGAGAGGUUCUGCCUAGGGUUGCUCUCCAACGUCAACCGAAAUGCGACUGUAGAAAUGACAAGAAGACAUAUAGGAAGAGGAGUACGCUUAUAUUACAUAGGUGGAGAGGUUUUUGCUGAGUGCCUAAGUGAUAGUGCAAUCUUUGUGCAGAGCCCCAACUGUAACCAGAGAUACGGCUGGCACCCUGCGACAGUGUGUAAAAUUCCACCAGGCUGUAAUCUGAAGAUCUUCAACAAUCAGGAAUUUGCUGCUCUCCUGGCUCAGUCUGUUAAUCAGGGUUUUGAAGCCGUGUAUCAGCUAACUAGAAUGUGCACCAUAAGAAUGAGUUUUGUGAAAGGAUGGGGAGCAGAAUACCGAAGGCAGACGGUAACGAGCACUCCUUGCUGGAUUGAACUUCAUCUGAAUGGACCUCUACAGUGGUUGGACAAAGUAUUAACUCAGAUGGGAUCCCCUUCAGUGCGUUGCUCAAGCAUGUCAUAAAGCUUCGUCACCACUCAGAUCCCAUCAAAAGACUUAAUGUAACAACUCUUCUGUCAUAGUAUUUGUGUGUGGUCCCCAUGGACUGGUUACUGUCCAAAAAUUCAAGAGAGAAAAACAGCACUUGAGGUCUCAUCAAUUGAAGCACCUUGUGGAAUCGGUUUCCUAUAUUCAAAUAUUAGAUGGGAAAAUUAGUGUCUAGAAAUACCCUCCCAUACAGGAGAAAGAGAAGAUUUUAAAGACUUCACUGAUGUCUUGGUGGGCAUAAAACUGAAUGUCCCAAAGGUCUAUUAAUAACAGUAGUAGUUAUGUGUACAGGUAAUGUAUCAUGAUCCAGUAUCACAGUAUUGUGCUGUUUAUAUACAUUUUUAGUUUGCAUAAAUUAGGUGUGUGUUUGUGUGCUGCUUCUUGAUUUAGGCAAGCCUUUAUAAAGUUACAGUACCUAAUCUGUUAUUCCCACCUCUCCGUUAUUUUUGUGUGUCUUUUUUAAUAUAUAAUAUAUAUCAAGAUUUUCAAAUUAUCAUUUAGAAGCAGAGUUCCCUUGUAGAAAAACUAAUUUUUUUGCCUUUUACCAAAAAUAAACCCUUGGGGGAAGAAAAGUGGAUUAACUUUUGAAAUCCUUGACCUUAAUGUGUUCAGUGGGUCUUAUAAACAUUCAUCUUGUGUUAUUUACUGCUACAUCUCACUGUAUGGAAACUUUGCAGAAAAUCUUUCCAGACCUCUUCUCCUUCCACUUUUGCCCUGAUACCAAAACUGUGUAGCAUGAUAUCCAUCACUAGUAAUGGUGGUACUGAUACUGCCAGCACCAGUUAAUUCUGGGGCACAGUGCAAGUUCCUAUGGAGUAAGUCCCUUUGUCUUAACAGAUUUCAAUGGAUAGUAAUAGACUUGUAUAACCAAGCAGUCUGUUGAUUUAUCCUUACACCUCAUAAAAACACAAAUGGCAGUAUAAUUAUUUUCAGGGAUAUGCUACAAUUGCUUCAGUAUAUUUAUCCUUUUUUUAAAGCCAAUCUAUAGAUAUAAACACUCUUUUUUAAAAGCUAUUUUAAAAUAUUUCAAUAGCAGACCUAGUGCUGAGUUUCUUUUGAUUUAAUUACCAGAUUGUAUUAUGAAAUGGACCUUUUGUAAUUGUAAUUGCGUCUGCAAAAUACCUACAAGAGUGAUGCUGAGGUAUGAUCAGCAGAUAAGGGUCAUCUGUUUUUAAAGUAUGUUGUAUUAAAUUUAUAAAAAAUCUAUGUUAUUUUACCUAAUUAUGAAUUCAGAAUUUUAAAAACUGGGGAGAAGCAGUUUAGCAAGUUUUUUAGCUUCUAAUUACCUACAGUCUGAGCUGUUCUUAACUAAUCCUGAAUGUGUGGUUGACUAUUAUAACCAAUGACAUUUUAUGCUCUGUGGUGAGAGAAGAUUCCAGAAGCUCUAUUGGUAGUCCAUUUGGUGGCAGAUAAUCCUUGUUUGAUGUUGACUCUGCAGUUUAAAUGCUUCUUGUUUGCAUCUCUUUAGAAAUGGGGAUAGCCACUCCCAACCCCCUUCUAGUAAAUUUUCAGGUUUUUGGAGAUAGAGACUUUUGGUACUUACUUUUUGAAACCAUGUUCAGCUGUCUCUACAGGUAUCAUUUUCAAUAUUCACAGCAUUUGAAUGUUUUCUACUAGAUACUGCCCUGUUUUCCUAUAUUUGUGAGUACAUGUUAGUGUUCAUGCAGACUUGGUAGUCAUUUUUAAUUCUUUCAGCAAAUAUUUACUGUUCACCUGUUAUGUGCACCAGGAACUUUCUUGACGUUGGGUAAAAGUGAACAAGACAGAUCCAGUCCCGGCCCUGGCCAAGACUUCAGUUACUGUUGUAACCCUUAGUUCAUUUGUCUAUGAGGGAGAUAAGCAGGUAGAGCUUAUGGUAGAGCACAGCAAGAAAGACUUCUCUAAGGAAGCGAUGCUUGAGUGGACAUCUGAUGUGAGAAGGGAGCAAGCCACGGGGAGAGCCCCAGGAGAUUGGUGUUCCUGGCAUGGAGAAAGUCACCAAAUGCUAAGGCUCAUUGUGAAAGAAACUCAUUAUUAGGUAUUAAUGCUUACCCCGAAGUCUCUACAGAGAUCCAAACUCGAGGACCAAAAGCGUUCUAUAAUUUCUAAUAGUUGAGGGUGGCCUUACUUUGUCGGUUCAUAUGUCCUAGGUAUGACUGUCAGACCAGCAGCCUCUGCCCUUUGGAAGGCUUGAACUUCCGUGAGAACUGGUGGUGAUGCUGGGAACGGUUGUGGGUGCAGAAAACAACUUUGAAAGUGGCAGAAGGGCCUGGCAGUCACUCACUCUUGGAUUGAGGUGGUAGGUGAAGCAGUGCCAACGACAGCAUUCCAGUAGUGAUUACAUCUCCACAACUGUGUUGAGGUUCUUCCCUACAGUAUUGAACUGGGACUCAACUCUUUGGAAAUACCUGUUGUACUGAGCACUUAGACCUGUCGAGCAGUUGCCCUGGUGUUUAACGAUCUUACAUGUUUUUUUGGAGAUGCUAUUUCUUACAUUCUGUCCUGUCUACUGUGGCCUACAUUUUGUUGAUUUCCCCCCCUCUUUAUUGGGGUUUUCAUUCUUCUAAAUGAUGAGUUCUCUUUGAUGUUGAAUUUUGCUUCUAUUUAAAUUAGCAACAUUAUUUAGAAUUCCCCUCCCACAGUGGUCACUUUCUUUGUUUCACAUGAGAACUGAUGAACAUGUUUCAGUCCCAUUUCUAAGCUGGAUGUGGUCUGCACAGUCAAAUCUAUAAAUGCCGUGGGGAAUCGGGAGGCUGGUGGUGUUCCCAUGUUCCCAUUGACUUUGGUUUAACUAGUGGCAGCUUCGUUUUUACCCUGUAAUGGAGUUAGAGAUUUCCUUCUUUCUUUUCUUUUCUUUCUUUUUUUUUUUUAAAGAGUUUUACUGCUUUUUUAGAAAAAAAAAAGUUUGAAAAGUCUGUGUAAGUACUGUUUAGGAUUAGAACAUAUGAGUGGACUUCAGCCCCCCUUUGGAACAACCUGCUUGUGUUCUUUCCUUCUAUUUCAGAGAAACUUCCUGAUUAUAUUUGUCAUCCAUUCACUCAGUAAACAUUUAUUGAUGUAUCCCUUUAUCCGGCCACGGUGGUAGGUGCUGAGUAAUGAAGAGAUGGCUAGGAUUUAGUCUGGCCCUCAAGCUGUGGGGUUAUUCCUCACUCAGGACCUGCCACUUUGCCAGAAGGAAUCUUCCCUAAUUUUUCUUGAAAGCUAAAUAUUCUUAUUCAGUACUCCUAGUCUGUAUUCCAAGUACAUAAUUGCGAAUUGUUUAAUAUCUAGGGUUUUUUUUUUAAUCUUAAACUGUAUCAGUUUUGCUUGAUUCAUCUGCCUUUACACUUGUCAUAUUUUCUCCUUUGUCAAAAUUAUUUUAAUUCCAGUUUAUUUGUGCCUUUUAGGUCGGUUUCAAUCAAGACCAAGACUUUGAAGGUGAAAAACAAUCAGUCUGGUCUCUCGCUAAUUGAAAUCAAGUAAAAGACUAUAUAUGUGCUCAGAUGGUUUCUCUACCUCUUCCAAAAGCUGUCCAAAUACACCCUUAAGAUCUUUUUGUGUUUUGUUGUUUCUCUUCUCUUCUCUUCUCUUCUCUUCUCUUCUCUUCUCUUCUCUUCUCUUCUCUUCUCUUCUCUUCUCUUCUCUUCUCUUCUCUUCUCUUCUCUCUCUUCUCUUCUCCCUUUCUUUCUACACUUGGAGCAUUUAUUCAGUACUCACUAUUCUCCUGGUCUGGUUGAUGGUGAGUUAUAGAGUAAGAGAAUGUUCACCUUAUUUAAAAUUUGUCUUUGUGUUCAUUUUCUUUUGUAGCUGCACAUGAUGAUUUCAUAGACUGCCUCCUUCCACACCAUUGAUAACUAGAUAGUCUGUGGACAUAAGCAGCACAGGAUCUUUUCUCUUACUCUGAUCCAACUCAUUGAUGUUCAGACAUGACAAAUUACUGCCCAGUUUCUUUGCUUCAUGAGCGUUUCUCUGCUAAAUUCUUAAUAUUUAUCAACUGAAUUGUAUUUUUCCUCUCCUCAUCACAGAAUGUAUCCCUUGUGGUCUUGCUGGUUGCCCUCUUCCGUGCCAGCCAUGUUUUAUCUGCAGACAUCAGAAUGUUUUCUCUCCAUUGAACUCUACUAAAGAUGAAAAAGAUGGUGCUUUUCAUAUCCAGGGUCCUAAUUUCUUCACCAUGAAGGUUGAUUUUGUUCCCAUUGGUCAGUCACCUAAAUCUUAAAAAUGGCUCUUCAGUUAAAUGUCUUUGUGACUAGCAAAUAGCAUGAAUUACAGAUUCUAUUUUAAAUUAUGUUUAGGAUUGGGAACUUUUCCAGCAGUUGCAGCCAAUGGUUUCCUGUAAUACUAGCCCAUUUCCACCUUGGAGCAUAUUGGAUUGUUGUAUUUAGUACAGGCAAGGAUAACGAUGGUAGUGAGUAGUCAGAGGUAGUCAGAAUCCUACUAAUGAGUUCCUUUUAUUUCUUCCUUUUCAAGUUUUCAUGAAUAUUCUAUCUGUUCAGAUUACCUUUUAUGUAUGGAGAUUGAGGGGCAGAUCAUCUCUUGGAGUGGAAUUCCUGUGUUUGGAGCCUCAACCAGGAAAUGUCAGCUAUACUAGAUAUAGACAGCCUCAUAAUAAGCUUUGUGAUAAGAACUUGUCUAAUGUGUUCAUAUAAUUUCUUGAGAAGAACUGUUUUAUCUUGGAUAUUAUAGGUAACUUUAUAUAUAGCAUAACUGCCUUAAAUCUUUUUAGUAGGAAAUAAAUUAUAUAAAGUGUGUGUA